UGGAUUUGGAUUGGAUUGUCUCAUUUCGUAGCUUUGUAAAGUGUAACGCAACAGUUACAUUCCAUUUCUGGACUGGAAGAGGCUUGUUAAAUAUACUUUUACGGUUUCUAAUCAACAAUUUCAUUCCUUUUUAUCUUCGUAGAUUUUCGGCCUAUGCAUCCCGUAUAUUUUACAGCUAAUUGAAGAUAUUAAGUCCUGAGGAUGCCUCCACGUAUAAUAUUAUUGUUCAGCGGCAAAAGGAAGUCUGGGAAGGACUUCCUUACUGAUCACCUUCAGAAACUAUUAGGUGACAGAUGUGAAGUCAUAAAGAUAUCUCAGCCGAUCAAGAGUCAUUGGGCCAAGGAGAAGAAUUUAAAUCUGAAUGAGUUGCUCAGUGACAGCGAGUAUAAGGAGCUGCAUAGAUUGGACAUGAUAAGAUGGAGCGACGAGAUGAGGGAGCAGGACUAUGGGUGUUUUUGUAGAGCUGCAUGUCAAAGUGCUGUAGAGAAACCGAUUUGGAUAGUCAGCGACAUAAGGAGAAGAACAGAUAUACGUUGGUUCAAGGAGACAUACAAGGACAUUAUAAGAACCAUACAAAUAUCGGCCGACGAAGAGACUAGGCGGCAGAGAGGCUUCGAGUUCAAAUCUGGGGUUGAUGACAGCAUUUCUGAGUGUGACCUGGAUGAUUACACUGAAUGGGAUCUCAUUGUGGACAAUGGGAAACAGCGGCAGUCCUUGGAAGAGCAACUUGGUAGUAUAUUGGGUUUGCUUUCACAUUUAUGACUUAGGGAUAUAUGUAUCAUGUAUGGCAUAAACUUGGUUGAGAGAUGGAUGAAAUUGGACACUAUAUUGUCAUACGUAUAGUUUAUUCCAGGUAAAAAUUCUGACUACAAAUUUAUACCUGGAAUGAAAAUAACUUGUAUAAACAUGUGCGAGGUUUCGUUGAAAGAAAUCACAAAAGAAUGCGAUUUUUCAAAAAUGCGCUUUCGAGGUUUUCACUAUAACGCGACGAUAUCGUCGAUAAUAUUUGUAAGGAUUAUAUCUCCUUUCGGUAGUAAUUUAUAAUUAUUAUUUAUUCUUCUUAUGGUAUUACUUUUUCAAGAUGUACAGAACAAUACAUCUAAUUAUAUAAAUAGGUAUACUAAUUACCCCUGGUUGAUAAGGUCAUUGAUCCCACAACCAACACAAGAGAAGAAGAUUGUAUUGAAGUGAGUCUCUUCAUAAAGCUUUCUUGCAUUCCACAUAACGUAAAGUUAUAUUUUCAUUUAAGUAAUUAAAACAAUUAGGUAUAAUAGUAAUUAUUUAUAAUAACCUUUAGGUAGCGACAAAGUAAGCUCAUAACUGAAUUAACACAAAACAUGACAGACAUCUAGGGAGUUAAGGGUGUUGGGACCCUAGAUCGGCGACAAUAGAUGACAUAAGUGUAGCCAUGCCAUUCGGUGAUCGAAAUUAUUAUUUUUGUCAUAAAUAAACUAAGCUAAAUGCUCUCUACACCUUUUUGCCACUACUUGAAGGUCUAGAGAACCUAUAAGGAAUAUAAAAUAUUAUAAAUCCUUUCUAUUUUCAUCAGGUUUACUCUGGGUCUGAAGUUAUUGUCAACUUCCUUCGUAAAUGUUAUUUUUACUGCUUAUUAUUAGAAACAAACGUUUUACAAAAAGAGGACGUAACUUCCGAGAGUAAACCUGAAGAAAAUAGAAAGGAUUUAUAAUAUUUUUUAUUCAUAUUCAUUUAUUUUUAUUUUUUGUAGGUUCUCGAAAUCUUCAGGUGUAGAGAUCAUUUAGUUUGGUUUAUCUAUGACAAAAUAAUAAUUUCGAUCACCGCUACACUUACGCCAUCUAUUGUUGCUGAGCGAGUGUCCCAGCAACCUUAAAAAGGUCUCAUUGAAGCAAUUUGUCUAAAAGAGCAAUAUUGCAAUUUGACAUUAAUGCAUAUAAAAGUAAAUGUGCAUUGUCAACAAAUUGAUUCAAUGUGGCCUUUUUAACCCCCCUGUAAUAUACCUACUUAGAUUAAUCAACAUUAAGGGUGGUAUUAAUAAAAUAAUCUCAGCUUCGAGACUGCUCUCAAGAUCAUGUCAAUAUGACAGUUCUUAUAUGUAUAAAAACAGGGACUUGAGCAUGAUCUUGAGGGCAUUCUCAGCUGAGAUUAGUUUAUUAAUACCCUUAAGAACAGCUUAGAUCCACAUAUUUUUGUCUAUUGUUUGUUGUCUUACUAUUACAGUUUGACAAUAAUAACUCCAUAAACUUUUAGAAAACUGUACAUAACUCUCCCACAGCAGCACAACUGUACUCCGUCUAGAGGUAGUUAUUAUGAUUUAAGACAACAUUUAAUGUGGAUUAUAUGUAAUUAGGCAUACAUAGGCAUAGGCAUAGGUAUGGUAUACGCGUGAGUUUAUGUACAUACAUAAACUAUAAGAUACAUACAUAUGUAUGUAGGUAUAACCGGUGUUCAACAUCCAGUUUCCCAUUCUCGUUUAACGUUCAGUCGCAAGGGCAUAAUAUAUUUACAAUUAACAUUACACUAGUUAAUGGUGUUGAUUCCAGUACACACAAUCUAAUUUAAUUUUAAGCUACAUCUAAUCCACCGUAAAGGAAAGAGACGGAUGAUUGUCAGCUGUUAAUUUUAAAAUGAAUGAGUGAAUUAAUGAAUAACCCGGGCGAAUCAAAUUGCGCACUGAUAUGCAACCCGUUUGAUUUCUUUAGGGUUAUUAUCCAGUGUAAAAUAUUGAGAGGUUUGUUUUUUCUGCCGAAAAUUGACGUGAGUUCCAUAAAUUUGAUGCCUGUCGUUUACCCCUCACUUUCCUUUUUAGGGGAUAAGAAAAACGGAAAAUUAGCUGGUGUGUACUGGAAUCGGCAUCAAUAAAAAAUAAAAAUAACAUUAAAGUGUAGUUAUGAAAUAUUGUCAUAUACUUAAAAAAUAUUCAAGUUUGCAAUAAGAUUCAUAUUUUUGAAUACAUUUUAAUUAUUAUAUUCUUGUAAUGAUCGUGUUGAUGGUUUAAAGCUUGGGUUAUGGCUAAAACAUAGAUUUUGUUUAAUGUAAGUAGUAUUUAAAAACUGUAGUUUCAUAACACAAUAUUUAUUUUAUGUUGGUAUGCGGAACUAAAUAAGCAAUAAAUAAUAUAUUUGGCAAAA